AGUCGCUGUAGGGCGCCGUCCGACAUGUCUUGUUUACGGUGAGGUCGGAAUACUACCCCGCGGUCCAGUUUAACGUUUCAGAAUAAACUUCCAUCCCAGAGAUUAUAAAAAGAAGGCCAGAGAAGGAGAAAGAAAGAGAGAGAGCAAGGGGAUGUUGAUUUGUCCCUCUGACUUGCUUCCUCAGAUAGUUUGUCCAAUGGAUGAAGAUGCUUUUCCCCCAAACCCUUUCUGUAGUGCACCUCCCCACAGUGAACCUCCACCACCUCUCCUCCCCCUUUCCUCCAUCACUCCGAGCCGUGCCAAUGAUGGAAUAUCUGGACACAGAAGGAGUGGUCGCAUUCAAGGGAUUAGAGCUCAAACAUCUAAAAGGCAGAGCAACACAGGCCGUGGAGCAAUUCAGAAACCAUCCAGACAGAAUCCGUCCCCCACCAAGAGACAAAGAGAGAGAGGAAGCAUGGUGCAGGUGUCACAGUCCAAGCAGCCGAAAGUUGAAAGCACACACGAGAAACAAAAUGAGGAUGGGUUUGAUUUUAGUUUUGCAGCGGAGCUCCAAAAUAAACAGGAGGAGCAGAAAAACCCCCAGGAGAAACCAAAUGUCUCUGCUGCAGAAAAUGUAGUGGAGCAGCUGGCCGACGAUACCACGCAGAAGCUUGAUGCUACUAAAUUUGACAUGGAUACAUGCGGGGAUUUGGAAAAUGCAUCUUCCUCCCCGAAGGGAUGGGUGAUCGGCCCGUUGUUUCAGUCAUUCAAGUCGAAGAUGGCCAGUUUCACAGAGAUCGUCAUGAGUCCUGUUAAACUCUUCAGAGCUAAUAGUCCUCCACUGUCCAUGGACCAUCCAGAAUGCGAGCUACUGGCCGACGGAGCAUAUGAUGUUGAGGCGAGCAACAUGUUUCAGCCAGUAGGACAACGUGAGAAUUGGAAUCAGGAGGCUGAAGCUGAUCAGCAGAGGAUUCGUGAUGUAGAAGAUUCGCAAAAUGCAAAAACCGGCGCUCUUAAAUAUUCUAAAAAAAUUGUGUUCGACGCGGAGUCGUCAACACACACCAACGAACAGGCAGAUGAAUGUGCAAUAACUCAGAAGGAAAACAGCUCACCUGAUUCUGUGCCUUUGCAAGACAGCCCCCCCUCCCCAGCACUGUUACGGCCCUCCGUCAAUUCAAGUGCCUCACAAGAAUCCAUGAUUUCCAGUGCAGCGGAGGAGCACGGCAAGGCUGUCCGGCUGAAACCACCGCCUAGAAAACGUACAGGAAAUAGAUCCGAAUCAAAGAAAGUUAUCUCUGAGCCUCUUACAUCUGAGGCCGGAAAGGAAGAAUCUGACCCAGAGGUCAGUGACGAGCAGCUUUCUCAGACGGACAAACGAACGAAUGAAGCCGACUCAGAUACUGACAAAACUCAGUUGUUAUCUUCUUCACUUUGUUACACAGACUGUCUUCAGCCUGAUGGUGAGGAUGAUGGGAAGAAAACUGAAAGUCGCAGCUUGGUUCGAGAAAACCUCUUGCAUAACGUAAAUGUUAAUGGAAGGACACUGAAGCCCACUUUGAUUAUUCAGCAGCUAAACCCUGACACUCAUUCAGCUGCAGGUCUUGGGAGAUCAAAGAGGGGGCUGAAACCAUCUGGUCAUUCCCAGGAACUGCCGAAGAGGAAAAAACUGACCGGAGAUGUAAGUACGGAGUAUCCAAAAAACCAAGAUUUACUAAACGUGGCUUCAGAUAGUGGCAUGUUGAGAGGGUUAGGACCACCAAGAGACGAUGAGGAAGCAUUGAAGCCUCUUAGGAAAAGAGAGGCUGUUUCAACAAGAGCGAAUAGGAAAGGAAAGGGUGGGCAAGAAAUGCUUCCUACGAUAAAUGAAGCAGUGUUUAACACACAGACUGAAAGUUCCCUUGAUGCUAUGUCAGUUAGCUCACUGGAUAAAAGCAGUGGUGCGAUAGAGAAUCACCAAAAGGGCAGCAGCAAGACGAAGCCGAGUGGUUCAUGCAAAAGACUUAAAACAAGAACAGGUCUCGGUAAACCUGAUGUAAACAUUGACAGUAUGGAUCUGGAAACCACGUUUGCAAUCACCUCUACCGAACAAGCCCAGCCAGAGCCGUUAUCAGAAGUUCUUGUCCGUCCUGACAGAAAGCAGCUCCAGAGCAAGUGUAGGAACACAAACAAGAUACCACUAAAAAGGAAAUCGCCAACCCACGCGAGUUCAGUGACAGACUCAGACAGCACUUUGGUUUCUACCUCAGCAGUACUAUCGAUGGAGCCAUUACAACUCACGCCCACAGAUCUGAAGACCUCUCCACCUGUUCAGAGAGAGGAGAGUCUGAAAACAGAGAUGAAGCAGCCGUCCAAGAGACUCAGAAAGGCUGUUAGAGGUUCUGUUAAAUCAAGUGGAGCCCAAGAGACAAAGCAGCGUGUCGAUAACCAUCAUCUGAUAACCAAAGAAAGUCAGUCUAUAGAAGGCAAAGGUAAAAUCUCAAUCGACCCGGUAUAUUUUGAAAUGACACCUUUUGAAAGUAAUCCCCAACCUGUUCAUUCAAUCUCCCAACCUAAUUUAGAGUGUUAUUUACUGAUAAAUAAUGAAUUUAAGCAAGUUGUAGAUGAGAAAGCAACGAGUGCUGCUCCUGAGGCAGGUGAGGCAUUUCCCUCUGACGCUGAAGCCAGUAAUCACAGCAGCGUCGGCGUCUCCAGGCUAAGGUCUAGUGCGAGACGAGUGAACGUUAAGCCAAGGAGAGCAGAUAACCAAAGGAGAAGGUGCAGAGUUUUGCAUAGUCGGACGAAUAAAGGUGAAGAGGUGACAAACUCGAUCACCAUGGAGGACUCAGAUUUGGCAACGUCGGGUACUCGCCCAUCAGAAAACGGCUUUUCAAGACGCCUGUUACGCAGCUACUCCUGUCCAGAGAUCCCCUCCCUCCGUCCCCAUGACACACCUUGGACUUCUUCUCUGCAUUCACCACAUCACUUCAGGACUCACACAUCACACCAGCACCAGUCUUCUCACACUCCUUUUGUCCCUCACGCCCACAAAUCCAUGCGGCGAGCUCGUCGGCACACAGUCUGCAGUGUGGAGGUGGAGAGGGAGAUCGCUCCUCUGUGUCUUCGUAAGGAGGUGUACCCAUCCAGAAGAUCUGUCCCGUACGACGGCUUCACCCAACACCUGUCUCCUACCCUCGCACUUUCUCCCAGCACUACCCUCUCAGCUCUGGCAUCCUGUUUCCUCUCAAGUCCCCUGGCUUUCCUUUCCAAGAAAUUAGACGGCAGAGGAGCUGCUGCCGGCCCCAGCACUUCCAGUCAUGGUUCCUCUCCCACCACCUCCUCUUUUCUGACAUCCCCAUUGUGCCCUUCCACAUGGCACCUUCCAGGAUUCCUCCAAAGAAAUGACUCCUCUUGUGGGGCGAUGAAUUCUAGUAGCAGUGGGAAUCCCUUGGAGUGUGGGACGGAGAGACGUGAGGAGGAGGAGGAGGAUGAUGGCGAAGACACAAGCUCAUCCAGUCAGGAGUAUGAAGAUGUUGGGUUGAGAGAGGAAAAGGCUCUGUCUGAUUCUGAAAUCAAGGUGGUGCAAAAACACGAGGAACGAGGGAAGGUGUCGUCCAUCAGAAUUCGGAAAACUUUACCCAAACCUCAGAACAACCUGACGCCCAUGGGCCUGCCCAAACCCGUCAGGCUGAAAAAGAAGGAGUUUAGCUUGGAAGAAAUUUACACCAAUAAGAAUUUCAGCAAACCCCCUGAAAGCCGACUGGAGACCAUCUUCGAGGUGCCCCUCAAUCGUCGGAAUGGUUCUGAGUCCUGGUUUGGCCAGAGACGCGUCAAGCGAUUCUUAGAGUUCCUGGAGGUCGGUGAGGCCAGAAAACCAAAGAAGCCGCUCGUUGGUGUUGGAAAGGCAGGUAUUUCAUCUUCCAGGACGAGACGAGGGGGCUUCUCUAAAGACGAACCGUCCCUCAGCGUGCAGGAUGUGGACUCGCUGCUCUGUGCCAAGCUCGAUCAGCUGAAUCUGUGGUUGAUAGAUGAUCAAACACACAGUUGACAGACGCCUCUUAAAUGGUGAUACUUUAGCAGCCAUUAAAAAAACACUGCAGCGCUGUUUAUGACUGUUUCUAAUGUAUUUUCAACAUGAAGAUUCACACGUGAGUGUUCCAGCUCUUUUUUUUUUUUCUGUCGGCACAAUCAGCGUGUUAAUGUUGUGGUGACAAAGUUACUAUUGAAGAAUUACCUUUUCAUUCUGUAGCAUUUGUAGCCAGCAAACUGAAGAACAAUACUUCAUAGCACCAUAAACGUAUUUUAGCCUAGAAGUUUUUCAUACACAUACUGCUUAAAUGCAUUGUACAGUCGCUUUAUUAUCAUUACAGCACUUAAACACCUGCUGUCCAUUUUUCCUGUCGCCCACUUUCAGUGAAACUGUCUGUGAACAAAAGUUUGCGUCCUUGAUUUAAACACUUGUACAGAAGCAUAUUUUCAGUUCACUUACCCCCAGAACAAAUAAGCACAGCCUCCCUGUAAGGGUGGGGGAAGGCAAUGUUUUGCUAAUCUAGUUCUAUUUAAAAACCAUAAUACAGAUUACACCUCAUUCCUGUUACACCGUCCGAUUUGAGAGGAAGCAGUGUGUGAUGGUGACCUUGCAGCAUCAUUGUAAGUUAUUUAUAAAGGCAGCUAUUUUUUAUUAAAUGCUGAAUAUAACUUUUAAACAUGCCAGCAAGAGAUUUGUGUUCGCUGCAACCAGUUUCACAACCAAGUUUCUGUCCAUGAAGUUGAUGUACAGUCGAGUGUGUCUGCAAACAGCUUGGGCCGUGUAAAUCAUUUUAUUCAGCUCAGGGCAAACCCUGUUAUCCAAUUAUUUGUGUUUGUCAUUUUGUGGCUGAAGACGUUUUUGUUGUACAAAGUGUAAAAUGGAAACGUACGGCACUCGAGAGCAGUUCUAAUCAAGAGUGUCCAGAUUCCACUGCCGGGUGUCUUUUUAAUGCCUGUGGUUCUCUCUGGAUUGUUCUGUGGUGUCUAUAUUUGUAUUGCAAAUGUAACUUCUUGAGAAACUACCUAUGAAUGUUUUGUUUUUGUUUUUGCCAAAUUUUAAUGAGGUUGCCUUAACUGUAAGAUUUUCUGUUUAAAUAGAUGUUUUCUAGG